AUGGAGGCCACAAGUUUGAGCGAUCGACAGCGAUCCGAGCUCAACAAGGCGGUGAUCCAGUAUCUGGAGAGAAAGAUACAAAAUUUCGAUGGCCUUGCGCGAAUCAGGUCCGAGCUGGGCGUCUCUUUACAGGAAGAUACAUCGGCUGGAAUCCCAGGAAACUAUCUGGAGAAGAAGUGGGCAACCGUUGUUCGUCUUCAACGACGUAUUUAUGAUCUUGAAAAGGAGAUUGGUGAAUACAAAGAGCUCGUGGAGAACUAUUCCGAACUCUUGGAGUCGUCCGGAGGAAUGGAUAUUCGCAGAGACAAGCUCAACUGGCUUCCAACAAGAGCCAAGAACGUUCUGAAAUUACACAAAGGGUCUGUUACCUGUGUCUCGAUACAUCCUUACGAGCCACUGAUGGCCACCGGAUCACAGGACGGUACGAUUGCUUUGUGGAAUUUGUUAGAUCUAUCGGAACCCGAGAAAGUGAUACGAAACGCACACACCCGUACAAUCAACUCUCUUGUGUUCCAGAGCUCCGAAAUUACGCUUGAAUCGACCAGAAUUGUGCUUUUGGCCUCGUGCUCUUCAGACCUGCUAAUAAAGCUCUGGGACUGCCGAACAGGACAGGUAAUACGGGUAUUGACCGGACAUGACCAUUUGAUCUCUGGCCUGCGGUUCAAUCCGGCCGAUGAAACACAAUUAUUGAGCUGUUCGCGAGAUAAGACGGUGAAGAAAUGGGAUGUUCUAUCAGGGUGGUGUCUACUGACCAUAAGAGGCCAUUCGGACUGGGUCAGAAGCGUGGAUGUGAACGCAACAGGACAGUACAUUCUUAGCUGCUCUAACGACCAAUCGGUGAGACUGACGCAUUACGACACGGGAGCAGGUAUCUCGUUGUGUUUGGGUCAUGAACAGGUGGUGGAAGAUGCCAUUUUCUUACCGAUGGAAGCAAACGAAUACCUGGAUCCCCUGGUUGGCAUAAGUGACGAGAUAUACAACACCGUUGGCUACAAGUACUGUGUCAGCGGAGGGAGAGAUUGUAUGAUGAAAAUAUGGCUUUUGAGUCCACCAGACCUUGCCAACCCAGAUCGACCUGGUCCUGCUUCUAAUCCUAAGGCAACGCUGGUGUAUGAGUCCAAAGCACACAGUUCUUGGAUCCGUUCGUUUUCAAUGCACCCUAACGGAUACUACCUUGCAUCCUGUGCCGAUGACAAACUCAUCAAAAUAUGGGACCUGAGAACGCUGGCUACUAAGCAGCAACUGAACCUUGUUUCGCAGCUCAAGGGCCACGAGAACUUCGUCAAUGCCAUCAAGUUUGCUCCACCUGUGAUAACAGAACACGUUCAUCUCGAAGAUAAACUGGCCAACCGCAAGCUUCUUGAUAACGGCAUCCGGUGCUACUUGGCCAGCGUUUCCGCCGACGAUACAAUCCGAGUCUGGGUGUGA